GCUGUAUGUUACUGUAGCUGUACAACAACUGCACGUGUUCAGCUCAACCCAGAAGCCCGUCCCAAUCCUUGCAUAUCCAUACCAGCUCAAAGGAGGAGGCGUGGAUAGGGCUUUUGUUACCUGCAUUAGAAUACCUGCAGCUACAUGGAAAGAAUUUAAGAUGUCGUCAAAGGAGAGGAACUGCAACCGAUGUGUUACGGCCUCAAUACAGACGAGGGGAGGAAAAGGAGAACAUUGCACCGGGUGUAAAUGUACCUGGCGCACGCAAGAACAAGUGAGAAUACAUAACUUGUCCUACUUUGAUACAAAGGACGAAAUAUAAGAAUGGUUCACUCGAGAACUCAUCUUACUCCUCGACCCAUCGCUCUCUCAUAAGUGUUUUGUUGUCGAACUCUUUAACAACCACGUUUUGGAUCACCAUCACUCUCCGUCUCACCUGUUACCCGUUGACUAUGGAUUUUAAACGGAUAAAGAUUUCAAAGGAGUUUAGAUUUGACAUUUUGGAAAAGAUAAGUUAUAUCUGCAUCUGGAAAGGUUAGGAUACUGUAGUGUUGCCAAUGUGAACGCAAGAAUGACCACUUCAUUCUAGUGAAUGGCCCGUCCCAGAAGCGGUUAUGAUCAUGCACAGACCCCUCCGAAGGUGGAAUUUGUGCUUCUUGUGCUUUGGCAUCAUCUACUUAAGGCUUGGGGCCCUGUCUUCCGUGGUGGCGUUGGGUGCCAACAUCAUCUGCAACAAGAUCCCUGGGCUGGCCCCUCGCCAACGGGCCAUCUGCCAGAGCCGCCCGGACGCCAUCAUCGUGGUGGGGGAGGGCGCUCAGCUGGGCAUCAAUGAGUGUCAGUACCAGUUUCGCUACGGCCGGUGGAAUUGCUCCGCCCUGGGGGAGAGGACUGUCUUCGGACAGGAGCUGCGAGUAGGUAGCCGGGAGGCUGCAUUCACGUACGCUAUCACGGCCGCCGGCGUAGCCCACGCCAUCACGGCGGCGUGUAGCCAGGGCAACCUGAGCCAGUGUGGCUGCGACCGGGAGAAGCAGGGUUACUAUAAUCAGGAGGAGGGCUGGAAGUGGGGAGGCUGCUCGGCGGACAUCAAGUACGGCGUGGAGUUCUCCAGGAGGUUCGUAGACGCCCGCGAGAUCAAGAAGACCACGCGCCGGCUGAUGAACCUCCACAACAAUGAGGCAGGGAGAAAGGUCCUGGAAGAGCGGAUGAAGUUGGAGUGUAAGUGUCACGGCGUGUCGGGCUCCUGCACUACCAAGACCUGCUGGACGACCCUGCCCAAGUUCAGAGAGAUCGGCUAUAUCCUGAAGGACAAGUACAACGAGGCGGUUCAUGUGGAAGUGGUCCGGGCCAGCCGACUACGCCAACCCACCUUCCUCAAGGUGAAGAAGACCCAGGGCUUCCGCAAGCCCAUGGAGACCGACCUCGUCUACAUUGAGAGGUCGCCCAACUACUGCGAGGAGGACGCGGCCACGGGGAGCGUGGGUACCCAGGGGAGGCUGUGUAACCGCACCUCGCCCCACACGGACGGCUGCGACCUCAUGUGCUGCGGCCGGGGCUACAACACGCACCAGUACACCAAAGUGUGGCAGUGCAACUGUAAGUUCCAGUGGUGCUGCUUUGUCAAGUGCAACACGUGCAGCGAGAGGACGGAGGUGUUUACCUGCAAAUAAAGGGGUUUGUCAUAACGGACCUACAGUACGGUACUAUGACGGGGAGGGGCGUAGCAGGACUAGUUGGAUGAGGAGGAAGACCCCCAGAGGAAAGAUAAAUGGACAUGUCUUGGAACAGGAACAAUGAAAGACUUUACAAUAAAAAAGGAAUGGAAUUUUUCAUGUCAGCUCUUCAUGGCAUCGUUUUGCACAGCAGAAUCAAAAUUUGCUUUUUAAGAAAGUAAAGGCUAAAUAUCAAUAGGUAAUAAUACUACCCCAAAUCUUAGACCGACUGAGACAAAAUAAUGUGUGCUCAUGUAGUGAUGUAUUCAAAGUGACUCUAAAAGUUGGGACUACAGGAAACAAAUAGUGCCUGGACGGGAACUGUGCAUUGCACUCUGGGAUUUGUAGUUCUUUAUUUCCCGGAAUGGCUUCUAAAUGGACCAGAAAGGGACUGGAGAUGUGGUAGAAAUUGACAGUAACUGUUGAGGGAUGAGACUCUGGGAAAGAGUCAUCUAAAAGUCUUCUAGUAAGAACUCUUUGGAGUUUUCUUUUGUUUUUCCACAGAGGGAGAGAGCAGAGGUGAAUAUUUUAGCCCCCAAACAGGAGGUGUUUUCUUUUUGGAGUUGUGUAGACAUGAAGAACGCUGUUUUAGCGUGGUGCCUUGGGGCGCACCGAAAGCUGAGUCUCUAUAGUAAGCCCUCUGCUGCCAACUGGAACAGAGUAUGUCCGUUUUCCAGUCACACUGGAACUGUCUGUUUGAACACUGAAAAUAAAUGGUUUAUUUAUGUUAUAGUAUCUUAAAACAAAGCACUAACGGGUAGAAAUGUCUUUUUUGUACUAAGUGUAAAAAAUACUUUUUUUUAGAAAACUCUGACUGAAGAUUAUGCGUGUCUUUUAGAAAAUGGUACCCAUCCCACUAUCAAUCCCCCUUUUUUCUAAAAUGGUUCCAUUGCUAUUGGUGUGUUGACUACAACAACAACAAAAAUCAACAUUAAAGUGUAUUUUGCAAGUAGAAUCAAUCACGUCGGUUCUAUUCUGCUGUAGCAUAGCUUUUGUUUGCAGUCAUUUAUGAACCAGAUGGUAGGCCUACAUCCUGCCUGGCUUAUGUUGCAUUUUCAAGCAAAGACAGUAGAAAGAGCACUCCUUUCUUAACCACAAAGACCCUUGCUCAAUUAAUUUAACGUGAUAUUGACAUGUUGCCGCAUGUGUUGUCGAGAUAUGCCUCAAAUGGAAAUCAUAUGAACUCCAAUUUGACAGAGUUUUUGAAAUGUAUUGCAAAGAAAAAAACAAGACUGAGAAUCAAAGUGAGUGAAGUCUGCUGGUCUCGAGGGGAAAUGCAAGGCGUCAGCCAAUGGCUUCAUUCAUUCACUGCAUACAGAGCUGUGAUCUCAUUCUCAUCUGUAUUCAUUGGUUGCGGUUAUGCUAUACAAAAGUGUCCGGUUACAUCAGGUUUCAGUGACGUAGAACAUCAGAACACAUCAUUUUGGCACUUUAUCAUAAUCGAUCAUACAGCUCCUCCUCUAUUUUUCUGUGUGUUUAAGCUUCAUAUGUUGAUACGAGACCAUUUGUUUUUCUGCUGAUUUGAGACCAUGACGACGCAAGGUUUACUUCUCAGACAGGUCAGUUUCUUUCCUGUUUAAUUUUCUUGGUUUUUCAUGAGAUAGACAGAUCUGUCAUUGUGUGCACAGUGAAUAAUAAACGUUGCAAUUUAGGUCAAAGGUGCUGUUUUAUUGUAGUGACGAUGUAAAUUUAGUGUUGGUGCUACUCAAAUACAAUAGUAGUUUAAUUAGCCGGAUAGUCUGCUGACUAAAGCAAACUAUUUAAUGUCGCCUAGACGUGAAAGUUUAUCAAAUGAGUAUGUGUUCUAAUAUUGAUUAAAACCACUGUUACUAAUUUCAGGAUACAGUAUAAACGCACAAACAAGGGGAUAAACGUGUGAAAAUGAUCCGAUUUAUCUCUCAGAUAGUUUGUCAUCGCUGCACCCACAUAUUAGAACGACUAAUCCUGGAGUUACUGAUUAACAUAACUGGAGUCAAUUGUUCACUUUGCCAUAUUUAAAUUCUCUACAAUAUCCAGAGUUAUCUCAAACUUUUAUGGCAGAAGACCGUGUAUUGUUUGGGCCAAGUGCAAGUUGAUUCACAUAAUAUUGCGUGUCAGUGCUCAUCUCAGUUGCCCAUGACAACCAAAGGGCUUGUUAUUUGGGCUCUGACUCCUUGCAAUGGAACACAUUUUAAUAUGCCUGGCCCUUGUAUGUAGAGAUUUUAAGCCGCCAUUGUCUAUAUAAAAAAUGUCCCUUAUUCAGAAGUUCCAACCACCGUGAAUAUGGCUAUUGGCGUUGCCGAAGGAAGCGUAAAUCAUUAAAUAUCAUAAAUAAAUCAACCAGCUUGCUGACUUUGACAUUAUUUUGUACACAGCACAUGUUCAUAAUAAUCUGUGGUUCGUCUGUCUUGAUUAUGGUGCGCACAAAACAAAAGUCAAUUAUCUCUCGCGGCCCAUCGCUGAGUCAGUCAGUCACAUGUGUGCAGCGAGUGGGAGAGCAAGUGGAAGAGAGAGUCUUUGGGGUUUCUAAAGCUUCAUAGGGAGUUAUUGUGUUGCCUUUUCUGGGUAAUUGGGGUUGUCUGUCUUGGAUUGUCAGAGCAGCCCGUAAAGCCACAUCUUCUCACUCUAUCAUUGAAUAAUCGGUCUAACCCAGUCACCAUUUGUUGCACAUGUUCUUGACUGUAUGCCUGCUGUAGUCAAUAUAUCACAAUUUGAUAUGAGAUACUAUUAAAUCAAAAUCAAAUAAAAUGUUAUUGGUCACAUACACAUAUUUAGCAGAUGUUAUUGCGGGUGUAGCGAAAUGCCUAGAAUUGAUAGUGUUAGGGUAGCUACUCUAAAAAUGUAGUUUACCAAUCUACCAAUUACUUCACACUGGAAGAAGUUAAGCUACCCUUAAAGAAACAUAGUUUACUUAACUAAAGUUACUUUGAAAAAGUAGUUCACGACAUCCAAACGACUAAAUCUGGGAAGUGUCAUAGAAUACAAAUUGCAAGAACGGUUCUCUCUGCCGUCAGAUGUUAACAGUGUAAUUUAAACUAUUAAACACUAACUGUAUGUUUCACGGGAGAAUUAGUCAGAUCUGAUGCCGAAAAAGAAAGGAAAUGGUUGCCUACUUCACACGUAUUUGAUUUCAUUUUUGCAACAGAAAAAAGUCGUGUGUAGGAGUUCCAGUAGGUAGCAUGGCAAAAGAAAGUAGUGUGUAGGAGUUCCAGUAGGUAGCGUGGCAAAAGAAAGUAGUGUGUAGGAGUUCCAGUAGGUAGCGUGGCAAAAGAAAGUAGUGUGUAGGAGUUCCAGUAGGUAGCGUGGCAAAAGAAAGAAGUGUGUAGGAGUUCCAGUAGGUAGCAUGGCAAAAGAAAGAAGUGUGUAGGAGUUCCAGUAGGUAGCGUGGCAAAAGAAAGUAGUGUGUAGGAGUUCCAGUAGGUAGCGUGGCAAAAGAAAGUAGUGUGUAGGAGUUCCAGUAGGUAGCAUGGCAAAAGAAAGUAGUGUGUAGGAGUUCCAGUAGGUAGCGUGGCAAAAAAAAGUAAUGAACUGCUGAAAACACUAUCUAGAUUUAGAUGAACUACCACAAAGCUACUGCAAAAUGUAGGUUAUUACUAGUUGAACUACAUGUAACUCACUAUUACCCAACACUGAUUAUUGAUAUCAAUAAUUACAUUUCAAGUGUUAUGGAUGCCUUUACAUGUUGAUGGAGUACCUGUACAGUGAUUACCUCAACUCUCUGAACCCUCACCAUACUCUCUGUGUUGGCAGCAUUGGCCCCUAGAGUCACUAAAAACUUACUAUAGGCCAUUUAAGCAGACACUUUUAUCAAAAGCUACUUUACAGUCAUGCGUGCAGACAUAUGGGUGCCCUGGAAAUCGAACCCACAACCCUGGCGGUGCAAGCGCCACUCUCUACCAAGUGAGCCACACAGGACCACAAAUGGGAAAUUGGAGCUCCAUGCAAAUGACCUGUGCUGAAUAAGAAGUGCCUCAUUUUCCCUCUUGCUUUUUGGACACAAACGAGUGUCAUUCUUUUGUGAGUGUGUUUUUCUAGAUGGAUGGAACAAGGAAGUGCAUGUGCAGUCGGAAACAGCAAGUGAGAUAGAGUGUGGGGAUACUGUUAAGGAAGUACAACAUUGGGUCAAGGGUAGCAGCUCUGUGGAGGAGAGAAAUUGGUGUGAAUCAUAUUUGUGUUGUCUUUUCAUAAACUGAAAUUCUUGUGUCCUCUAAUAGUUAAUAGUCAAAUCCACUUAAGAUCAGAUCAAAAAGUAAGAUAAAAACUAAUAGCGCACUCGUCUUUGAACCAAUUCAUUUGUUGGUACUUGUUAGUUCCCUUGUUGGUACUUGUUAGUUCCCUUGUUGGUUGUUGAUGGUUAAUUUGAAUGUUGAAAGGAUUCUAAUAUGGACUCUGAAAGUCAGUCACCCAGACUUGGGUUUGUCUACUUAGCCCAGCUUGAAAUUAGCAUUUGAGGAACUGAAAAUGGUUAUGUCAUUUUCUAAAUAUCCAUUUACAGAUUGAUGGAGUAAUUUGGAUGAAUGUUGCAUUUAAAAUUGAGAACUUGAUAUAACAAAUGAGUUAUCAAAUCAAACAGUUUUUGUCACAUGCAUUGUAAACAACAGGUGUAGACUAACAGUGCAAUGCUGACUUAGGGGCCCUUCCCAACAACGCAGAGAGAAAUAAUAGAAAAA